ACUAUUGGUCAUAAUAGCCAUGCGCGAAAAAGCGGCCCUAAUAGCAACACUGAAUCACGCAUCAAAUACACGAUUUAUGUUUCGGUCGGCAUGCGGCAUGCUCGCCGCGGACUCUGAUCCGUCGCCGUUGCGGAUUUGCGAAUUUGCAUUCUCGCGACAAUCUUUAGUGAGAUAAAUCUCGUUGAUAAUUCUUCGGGCUCAUAUAGCACACUCGCUUUUCUACGACAUAAAUUGAAAUCUACCUAGAGCAGACGAUUUCGCACGAUGGUGAAAUAUUAUGAAAACAUUACGAUUUUCAAAUUCGAUUGGACACAAGUUGUUCGAGGAUUCUUUCAGAGAUAUCCAAAUCCGCACAGUUUGCACGUUCUUACUGAGGAUACGAUCUCGAGGGAAGUUAAAAAUGGAAAGCUCUAUUCUACACGUCUAUUAACAAAAACCAAUAGGGUACCCAAAUGGGGUGAAAGAUUUAUCAGUAAAAAUAUCGUGAAAAUCGUGGAAGAAAGUAUUGUUGAUCCCGAAGCGAAAAUUUUGACUACCUAUACAAGGAACUUAGGAUAUACCACAAUUAUGAGCAUUGUUGAGAAAGUAGUCUAUCAAAUCUCAGAAGAGAAUUCAGAAUGGACAGUUGCAAAAAGAUCAGCAUGGAUCGAUAGUCAAGUCUUUGGUUUCAGCAGAGCAAUUCAAGCUUUUGGUUUAGAUCGAUUUAAGAAAAAUUGCAUCAAGAUGUCGGAAGGCUUUAAUUAUGUUCUUGCAAAUAUGUUUCCUCACACAGCUCAAUUUCUAAAUCCAAAGUUACCUCAGACGAGUUUUUCUAUGCAAGGUGGCUACAGUACCACAGAUGACAAUGCUACAACAAAGCCAAGUCUCGCAGAGGAUUUACAACAUUCUUUACAGGGUAAAGCAGAGAAAAUGAAAGAUGCUGCUAAGAAAGCUACAGACUUGGCAAAAGAAAAAGCAAGACCGAUAUAUGCAGCUUGUCAACCAAAUCAAUCAUAAAUUCCAUAUUUGCAAACGCAGCCAUAUUGUUGAAUGUGAAUAAUGUUGUUUAAUGAUAGAAAUAUUCAUGAGUAUCACCAUAUUAUUAUGACGUAUCUUAAACAACAAAUAAUGGUAAAGCUAUAGACUAGCUUGAAAAAGCAAUUAUAAUUGUACAUUAAUCAAAUUGCACGAUUCAAUGGCAAUUAGAGCAGAAAGAAAUAGAAGGCUGAUUGGUAAUGUUGGAAAAUUAAGUUUUAAAAGCUUGAUAGCACAGGUUCUCAAAAUGUUAUAACAUUAACACAUAACGUAACAUUUGCAAUGUAAAAUUUAUAAAGAUUCUCGCGACAAAUCCAUUCAUAUGUUAUCCAUUCCUUUUAACUGCCAAAUUGUUAAGCGUGCUAUCAAAUGUGAUACGUAUAUAUACAAAGCGCAUUAAAUUACUUAAACAUUUUUUUACAUACAGGAAAAUAUUUCCUGAUUUAUUUAUAAUGGUAAAAUAUCGCACGAGAUAUUAGAUGCAAAAGCAUUUUUAUACGGUUAUCAACGUAUAUCACAACGUUUAUUGGCGCAUUCCGUGCAUAUUUUUUUGAAGCUGGCAAACGAUUGUAAAAAAACAGCAUUUUGUGUGCAAUUAUUAACGCCAAUAAAAAUAAUUGCAUAUAAGUAUACAUUUAAAAAGAUAAUUUUGUAAUAAAUUAUCCUUUUCUGUUUGUUAAUAUUAUAGUUUUUAGACAUUCCGCAUUAACACGGAAGAUGUACCAAUAUUGGUUAUUAAAAGAUUAUCUCAUUUUUAUUAUCA